CCAAUUAUUUGUCUAUAUUUUGGGCUGUGUUAGCUGCAUCGGGAAUGCUGGGAGUAGGAUAUGUUUGGAUCAAAUUUCAGAGAUGGUUAAGCUCUGAUCUUAGAGAUAUGAAUGCUUUUUCCAAACAUUUGGAUGAAAAGAUAAAUGAGGCGGCGCUCAAACUUGAUGAAAUGGGCAGAUAUGCCGAAGAGACAAGAAAUAUAGCUGCUGAUACAAAUAGUCAGAUCAGGGAUUUGCGUGAAGAAAUGAGAGCUGGUUUUGCACGUGUGGCUGAUAGAGGUGAUCAAGAGUUGAUUUUGGACAUUCUGUAUCAUGUCUGCUCACAGAUUGGUGUAGACGUCCAACCUUUGGCGGGUAGAGGCGGUGACAUCCGACCUGUGGCGCAUGGAGGCCGUAUCUUGACUAUUACCCAGGGAAUAAGAUCUGUCUUACCAGCGGCAACCCGAUCAAGAAUCUUCGGCCGUCAGCAUUAGCGACUUAUAUGUUACUUUAGUUAGCAAGUCCGUCCAGUUUGUUGUCGAAUGAAUUCUUGGACUUGUU